UAAACCGUUUUUUGAUAAAUGUUUGUAGAUUAUGUUAGUGUGAAACUUUGUAAAUAACUUUUAUUUUAGUGACAUAAACAUGUAAAUAAUUCUGACAGCUAGUACACAAUUAAUACGCAAGCGUAGGCAUUUAUUAAUUCUAUUGAAAUAAAUCGUUACCGAUUUUAUACAUUUACCAGAAUGGACGAUUACAUUGAUAUGACUUCCCAUUUAGAUGCUCGAGAAAUACUGAGGUACUUAAACUAUUUAGGUAUAUAUAAUAUAAGCGGUGAAGUGCUAAAAUAUUUUAUAACAGACCUUAAAAAGCUUAUUAAAUAUGAUGUGCAACAUAAAAGACUUUCUCCUACUAGUAGUGAUAAGCAAGAAGGUCCAGAAAGAUUGCACAGUGCUAGUACUUUUUCCUCACGAAGCCGGUCUAAAGCUUAUACUGGGAAGCACAUUUGUUGUAGUAAAGGGUUAGAAGGGCCUCGAAAGCCUCUAUCUAUUAGACUAGUGCAAUCCGCACCAACUUUAGGACAAAAGGUUGAAUCUAAACCUGCUCAAAGAUCAUGUUCAUGUGUCAGGGUAGAAAAGAAACCUGGAAGUAUUAAAGAAUCUUCUAAACCAUCAACUACUUUAUCACAAAAUUUAAUAAAAGUGCCUAAAGCAAGACCAAAAAAGAAAUGUGAUCCAGUAUCUUUGUAUCAUUACUAUUCAUCAUUGUGGGAAAAAUAUAAACCCAAUGUACCUGGAGAGAAUGACUGGUCUGAAAUAAGGUGGAGGAUUAGACAGAAAAUGGUUCAAGUGGAGUCACAUCCUUGUAGUAAAAUUGUCCACAAAGCUCAAGAAAAUAGACAUAUCAGAAAAGAAAAUAAUAGCUGACUGAUACACACUAAACAUUAUUAUAAUAAAAAGACAAUUGUAUGUAAUUGAAAAUGUUCCUCCCCUUUUAAAUCAUAAAUUUAAAAAAAACUGUUUCUUUACCAGCCACAACUAAUGAUUUUCCUAUAUAUAUAUAUUAAAUUAAUCAUAAACAAUAUUGUUGUUUGAAUUCUGAUAAUGCAUAGGUAUUUAUUUGUUGAUUAGUAGUAUGGGCUAAUAUGGUAGAUAUGGAUCUACCUAUCUAAAUAAAUUAUUCUUUUCAAGGAAUGGAAUGGAAUUAGGAUGACAGUAUUUUGUAUUAUGUUUGUAUAUAGUAUUGUUGUUACCCAAUAAGGCAGUUGACAAAAGUAAUGUGUGGUAAACAAUAAAUUACUUGAAUCAUGACAUUUGUUUGCUCUAAUAAAUGAUUUACACCACAUA